AUAUUUUUCGGGUCCACUUCUGGUUCCUUCAUAGUGUACAAAUCUCGUAUUUCACGUUAGGUUAAAGAUUAUCACCUCUUUCCGGUACGAUGCACUAAAUCGUACUCAAAACGCCCAUCAAUCGAUGCCGUUGCUUUUCGAGAAAGUCGCGUGUAGUAUUUGUCAGAAUGGCCGAUAUACACGAACGUCCCAAGGUAAAAGUGAACUUUCCAAGAAAGGGAAAUAAUCCAACAGUGAAACGUAAAAAAUUACUAUCUUCUGAUUAUAUUAUUAAGAAGAGACAACCUUUUGAUACAAAGAAGAAACGGAAGAAUAACGAUAUAUAUAUUACUAAUAGUACAAACUUUAAGGCUCAAUUAAAAAGAUGUGAAAAACACUUAAAUAAUGGUACCUCCGAAGUGAUUAUUCAUGGUCUUGGUGCUGCCGUACAAAGAGCAUGUAGCUUGGCUCUACAAUUAAAGAAGAAUCAUUAUGAUAGCAUAGAAUUAGAAGUCAAGACUUCUACGAUAUCUCUUAUUGAUGAUUUUGAACCUGUCAAUGAUAACGCAGAUUAUGAAAUAAUUAAUCGAAAAAACUCAGCAGUACAUAUUCGAGUGUUUCGAAAAUUUUCGCUGCGUACCCUUAAAUAUCAAGAAUAAAAUAUAACUUUCUAAAAAAUA